CGAAUGAUCGCUUUUCUUUGGCGAGUAGUUUCUUUAAUAUCAACAACCGGUGGCACGGUAUAAAAUGUAGGACGUUUUAACCUGUACCAGAACCAGCGCAAUGGCUUCAAUUACAAGAUCCUUUCCAAAGAUCGCACGUCACCUGAAUUAUAAACGAACAUUUCCGAGCGUUACUAGCGCCCGUGUGGAUAUCCCAUGCUUUCCUUACGAGGCGUUCGAUUAUAGCGGUAAUCAGGUAAACCCAUGGAGUAUUUUAAGACUAGUCGAGUCCGUCCGAGCUUUUACGUUCUGGAAAAAUGUCACUCCGCACGAGGAAAACAGAUCCCUACUCGAUUUGCACGAGGUUCUACAGACACACCUAGUUUUCAUCAUCGGUGCUGAGCUAAAAAUAGUCGAUGCAUCAUUCCACGAGUUCGAAUCCGCUAAACAUCCUCUGUAUUGUCUGACAGAGUUAAAGAACUUGGGAAAAUCGUCAAAGACCCUAAGUUACAACAUUUUCCACGAAGGGUCCGAAAGGCAUUUAAUUUCCUGUGACGUCACUGAUGUACUGAUAGAUGCUCAAACUCGGCGACCCGUUUCGUAUCCGGAAUGGUGGUUAACUAAAUUUGGGAGAAACGUUGGGGAGUUUCGGCGUGCAUCGCUUCUCGGGACGUUGGAUCCCGGAGAAACGGAAGUGCGUGUUUCCUACUUCCGGGUGACACUUUCUGAUACGGACACAUACGGGCACUGUAAUUGGUCUUCAUAUCUGAAAUACUGUUGCGAGAGUUUGUUCGAACACGUGAAUAAGGAAUUGGGUUACAAAUGGGUCACAUGCGAUGACGUCAGUUCCGGUUUACAACAAGCAGAUGUUUUGUAUAGGAGCGAGGCGUCUUUAGGAGAUAUUCUAUUAGUUCAGUCCUGGUCGGAUUUAGAAAAAGACUCGCGCGGAUUUGCCAGCAAAUGUUUGAAGUUUCGUUUGCUUAAGGACGGCAACUCUUGCUUCGAAGCGAAACUAAAAUUCUACACGAAUGAUAUCUCUUCGCCAUCGAGCGCGUUGUAGAACAUUAUAGAAUACAUUUUUAAAGCGUUAUUACAAUAUUUUCUUACGAUGUCUUGUGCGCUAUUGUGAUCAGAGAUUGUUGUGCACUAUAUAAGUUUCUAGCAUUUCGUAUUUUAUAAAUAUACUUUUGCUUAAAUGGAAUUAGACGAUGUUUUAUACAGAUUUUCAUAAAGUUUAAAGUGAACAGUUACAAAAUUGUGUUUAACGUAAUAUUGCACGUUUCAUUCAUUGUUUUGUAUUCACCGUUUAACAUGUCUGAUGUUAUUUUUCUGUAAUGAAAUAACACAACUAAAUAGAUGAAUGGUUAAUUGGCAUA